AUGUCAGAAAACAUAGGCUAUCAUACAGAGAGGCUGAUGAACAAUCCGAUUAACAGCCAACCCGCUCUACCUAGCCACAGCCGCCCCAGACAAUGGCAUCCAUUGUCCAGACUUUUUGAGAAACCAACAGGAGUGAUUCUGGCAGAUUAUGGCUCUUUUUGGAGGGAUCAUCGUCGCUUUGCUCUGAUGACUUUGAGGAACUUUGGUCUGGGGAAGGAUUCCAUGGAGGAGAGGAUUCACAGAGAGCUGCGAUACACCAUUGAUACACUGGAAAAGAGCAUUGGCAAAAGCUUCAGUCCUCGACUUAUGUUUCAUAAUGCGGCUUCCAACAUCAUCUGCCAGGUUCUGUUUGGUACACGCUACGAGUAUGAUGAUGAGUUCAUCAAAGUGAUUGUUCAAUGUUUCACUGAGAAUGCCAAGAUAGCUCAUGGACCAUGGGCUAUGCUGUAUGACACUCUUCCCAUGAUUCACAACCUGUCACUGCCCUUCAUAAAGGCCUUGAAGAAUGCUAAGACUUGUCAGAAUCUUGUGAAGUGCUUGUUGACAGAGCACAAGAAGACCAGAGUGCCUGGAGAGCCACGAGACUUUCUUGACUGCUAUCUGGAUGAAAUGGAAAAGAGAGGCCAUGGUGCUUCAUUUUCAGAAGAUGAACUGACCAUGUACACUAUAGAUCUUUACUUUGCUGGCACUGACACAACUUCCAACACCCUGCUUACUGGUUUCCUUUAUCUAAUGACCUACCCACACAUACAAGAGUGUUGUCAGCAAGAAAUAGACCGGGUGCUGGAAGGGAAGGAUCGGGCCAGUUUUGAUGACAGACACCACAUGCCUUACAUGCAGGCUGUGAUCCAUGAAGUGCAGAGGAUAGCCAACACUGUUCCACUUAGUGUUUUCCACUAUACGACUAAAGACACAGAGCUCAUGGGAUAUUCCAUUCCCAAGGGAAUGCUGAUCAUCCCUAACAUGAUCUCAGUGCUGAGUGAGGAGGGACAAUGGAAAUUCCCCCAUGAAUUCAACCCUGAAAACUUCCUCAAUGACAAGGGAGAGUUUGUUAAACCAGAGGCCUUCAUGCCUUUCUCCGCAGGUCCUAGGAUGUGUCUUGGAGAGGGUCUGGCUCGUAUGGAACUCUUUCUCGUCAUGGUGACGCUGCUGAGGAAGUUCAAGUUCAUCUGGCCUGAGGAUGCAGGGGUGCCAGACUACUCUCCGGUCUAUGGGGUCACUUUAAGUCCCAAACCUUAUCACAUGAAGGUCCAGCUUAGGGCAACACAGUAAGGCGGUCUGCAGACACACGGCAGACACAGUGGAGACUGACCCAGAUUAACACAAGCAGCCAUUAAUUCCUGAGAACAAAUAUGCUGAAUACAAUACAGGGCUUUCUGUGCUACGCUUAAUGACAGUCAACAGUACACAUAGUGAAAUGUGCCAAAAGGUGGGUGAGCAUACUUAUGGCACCCCAGAAUGAAUAUUAUAUGAUGUUUUGACCUACCAGUAGAUCCUGCUGUGGGUAUCAGGCUUUGCCAUCAUUAAACUACUGAGCCUGAUGUACCUUAAAACCGCUGUUAAAUCUAAAGCUAAGAGCAGAUACUUGGCAGCUUGACUGGCCUUAAAUGAUGUAUAUAUAUUGUAUCUACUUAGGUUCUGAAAUAUGAAUGCCAUGGCCCACUCAGUAGUCCAGCCACCAUCACCGUAUCUGGUUCCACUAGCCUUAUCAAUAGCCACUUGUUAUCAUAGACAACUUUGUGUCCUCAACGGCCCAUAUACUCUGUGGAGUUCUGCAGGGUUCAAUCCCUGAUCCUAUCCGUUUCUCACUCUAAAUGUUACCUCUAGGCAACCUGGUUAGUUAGUUCACUUGCAUCUCCCACCACUGCUAUGUUGAUGACAUAUAUUUCAGUUAAGCCAUGCGAUCUUGGUAACAUUGGUGCCCUCCAUAACAGCAUGGCUGAUAUUAAGGAAUGGAUGUCACUCAACUUCUUUCAGCUACAUCCAGACAGAAGUGAGGUUCUCCUUAUUGGUCCUAACAAGUUUGUCUCUGAUGUAAAACCCUGUACUGGUCCUUUUGCCACCAAUAUUAAACCCUCCUCAAGAAACCUGGAUGUAAUCUUUGACCAAAACCUGAACUUAGAGCCUCACAUAAACAAGCUUGUGCAAACCUGCUCCCGAACAUUGCAAUCUUAAUGCUAUCAACCACAGAGCUAGAACUACUUAUUAAUUUUGUAGAAUGAUUUAUUCAUACCCAUUUUCCAUGUCUUGACUACUGCAAUCUUCUCUCCUGUCUCAACCAAGCAGCCCUUUCCUUAUUUACUAUGACAGCGUACAAUACACAUAGUAAAUUAUGCCAAUCAAGCAUCAUAUCUACAUUAUAUCUGCUUAGGGUAAGCUUUUAAUGAACUGUGCAUCCAUUAAGUAGAUAAUUCUUACUGCAUAAUUGUGUAAUUCACUGAGAUGUCCUCCCACAAAGAACAAGAGUAAGUCACACAAUUCAGCAAGUGCCCCAAAACAGCUUGUUAACUUUGAAAUGGCAAAGCCCUCUAGCAGCCGGAGUAAUUAUGAUGAAUUAUGAUGAUGAGCCUGAGGAGGUCUGGUGACAACGUUGUAGAGCAGAAAAGUCCACAUAAAGGAGGAGCUUGAGAUGGAUAGAUGUGUCAACAAAAGAUCGGACUUUAAAAAGAGAGCCUGCUGUUUGUUUCGCAUUUCAGUGUAAUAAAAAAAACAGUCAACUGAAUUUUUUGAAUGAAUGACCGAGAUUUAUUACUGUGACUAGUG